UUCUGCCGCGUACAGGAUAAUUGGGUAGUUUAUUAGCGUAGUUAUGUUGUUUUUUGUAACAAUGGCUGGUAGCAGACGUGUUUUGGAGUAGUUUAUGUAAACAAACGGAGAAAAAUGAUGGACAUUCUGUACGCCAUGUGAUGAAAACAAAAGUUAUGACGAAUGAAGAGGAAUGAUUAGCCUUACAGAAGCUAACAACAGUAUGAGAGACUCUGACGCUCCUUUGACUUGGAGCAGGACUUUCUUACAGGCCGUGAAAUGGACUCUGCAGUGAGAACACUUUGAAUAUAUUCAGUUCGCUAUGAGUUCAGGUGAACCGGAUGGAUCCAGGUCUGGGUGUGCAUCCAGUAACACUACAUCGCAGGUUUUCCGCCGCUGGCUUUGUCUGCUCUGCCUGAGCCUCCUUCUGCUUUUCUGCUUCGGUUUUGUGAUCACACGGGACGAUGUAUCACCUGCUGCUGCUUCUGCUGCUCACAGCUCAGGUCUCAGGGGCUACAUGAGGAUCAGGCCCAGUGGGAAGGGCCAGUUUCUGGACAUUCACUGUAACCAAUGUGCCUUAGUCUCCAGCUCCGGUCAGAUGCUCGGUGCCGGUGCUGGAUCUGAGAUCGACAGCACGGGAUGUGUGAUCCGGAUGAACAACGCACCCACGGCGGGGUACGAGAAAGACGUCGGGAGUCGUACCAGCGUCCGAGUCGUGUCUCACACCAGUGUUCCCCUGUUGGUGAAAAACGAGCGACAUUACUUUCAGCAGCGGGCGGGCACCACCUAUGUGUUCUGGGGUCCUGAGAGGAACAUGAGGCAAGACGGGAAGGGACACGUUUUCAAUGUCCUGCUGAGGAUGGCUGCAAAGUAUCCAAACGUCAGAUUGUAUGCUAUGACCAAAGACAAGAUUGAGGACUGCGAUGGCGUGUUUCAGAAUGAAACUGGAAAAGACAGGAUGAAAACAGGGGCGUUUCUCAGCACUGGGUUUUUCACAAUGAUCCUGGCUUUGGAGAUGUGUGACAGCAUUUGUGUUUAUGGAAUGAUUGACAACAAUUACUGCAGUCGAGCCAAUCACAGUGUUGUCCCCUACCAUUACUACGAGCAAAACCGAAUCAACGAGUGCAGCAUGUACAAAUUCCACGAGCACACACCGCAAGGAGGACACCGCUUCAUCACUGAAAAAGCCAUCUAUGCUAAAUGGGCGAAGCGCCACAAAAUACACUUUAAACAUCCAACAUGGAACCUGGGAGAAGCAAAAUUCUAGACCUCAAUAUGUUUCUUUUUUGAUGUGUUAAACUGUUUUUUUUAAAAAUCUAUUUCAAUCUAAUUAGCUAAAGACGUUACUGGGGAUGUGACCAGAUUGAAUUCCUGUUUUUGUUACAAAACAAAAUAUUUCAAUAUCCAAAGGGUUCCUAGAUGUAAACGUUGUAAAUCUGGUAAAUCCUAGACAAAUUACCAGCCUUUAACUGGUAGCAUAGUGCUUUUUUCUGAACAUUUAUGUUCUGUGUAUCCAUGUACAGUACCAUGAUGGAUUCUAGUAAAUCCAACAGACUCUUCGACAUAAAUCUAAACAGGUGCAUUUAUGCCUUUUUAGUUUUUUUUAGUACCUGUGCCUUGACCUUUGGUCUGUUUCUGCACAAAGCUUUACUUUAAGCCACAAUCUGCCUGUAUUGACUAAAAGCUGCAAAGCAAUGUGCACCUUUACUCUUGGAGACAGUAAGUAUUGUGUGAGCAGGUUGAGAUUGUAGAAACUCUUGCUGAAUGUCCAACCUGCUCUGAUAAGGUUUUAGUGUGAAGGCUCUGGCAUGAUUUCUCCUGAAAGUUGACAAAGAUUGAAAACCAGGAACCUCGGUGUUCUGUUGUCGGCUCGGUUAUACAGUGGGGAGAACAAGUAUUUGAUACGCUGUUGAUUUUUCAGGUUUUCCCACUUGCAAAGCUUGUAGAU